AGCUGCCACUUCCGCUAACAGCUGCCAUCGCUAUUCCACUGGUGGUUAAAACUCAGUUCACCGCUGUUCUGGUCCAGAAGGCCAAAUAGCGAAAGAGUCAUGUUGCGACUGCCGACUGUCGGUCAGGCUCUAGCCCGAGCUGCCAAGAGCAGUCUGGCUCCCUCCAACACCGUGCGUACAUCAGUGCGGGCUGCCAGCAACAUGGUGGAAGUGUUUGUGGAUGGGAAACCAGUGGAGGUGGAGCCAGGAACCACUGUCCUCCAGGCGUGUGAGAAAGUAGGAAUCCAGAUCCCCAGGUUCUGUUACCAUGAGCGCCUCUCAGUGGCAGGAAACUGCCGUAUGUGCUUGGUGGAGAUCGAGAAAGCUCCAAAGCCGGUAGCAGCCUGUGCCAUGCCCGUCAUGAAGGGUUGGAACAUCCUCACCAACUCAGAGAAAACACGCAAAGCCAGAGAAGGGGUGAUGGAGUUCCUGCUAGCCAACCACCCACUGGACUGCCCCAUCUGUGAUCAGGGAGGAGAGUGUGAUCUGCAGGAUCAAUCCAUGCAGUUUGGUUCAGACCGCAGUCGUUUCUCAGAAGGGAAGAGAGCAGUGGAGGACAAAAACAUCGGGCCGCUUAUUAAGACCAUCAUGACCCGCUGCAUCCAGUGCACCCGCUGUGUCCGUUUUGCCAGUGAGAUCGCUGGUGUGGAAGACCUGGGAACAACAGGAAGAGGAAACAACCUGCAGAUCGGGACGUACGUAGAGAAGAUGUUUAUGUCAGAGUUGUCAGGCAACGUUAUCGACAUCUGUCCCGUCGGAGCGCUCACCUCCAAACCCUAUGCAUUCACCGCACGACCAUGGGAGACGAGGAAAACCGAGUCGAUCGACGUGUUGGAUGCUGUGGGCAGUAACAUCGUGGUGAGCACCAGAGGAGGUGAGGUGAUGAGGGUGAUGCCCAGGCUGAAUGAAGACGUCAAUGAAGAAUGGAUCUCUGACAAGACCAGGUUCUCCUACGACGGUCUGAAGAGACAGAGGUUGACUCAGCCAAUGGUUAAGGACGAUUCAGGUCAGCUGACUGCCACCACCUGGGAGGAUGCUCUCACUCGUGUCGCUGGAGCACUGCAGAGCGUGCAGGGCAGCGAGGUUGCAGCCAUCGCGGGAGGGAUGGCUGACGCUGAAGCUCUGGUCUCCCUCAAAGACCUCCUCAAUAGAUUAGACUCAGAAAACCUCUGCACCGAGGAGGUCUUCCCCAUGGCGGGGGCAGGCACUGACCUGCGCUCCAACUACCUGUUGAACUCGCGCAUCACUGGCAUUGAGGACUGUGAUCUGCUGCUGCUCAUAGGAACCAACCCGCGCUACGAAGCCCCGAUGUUCAACGCCAGAGUCCGCAAGAGCUGGCUCCAUAAUGAGCUGCAUGUCGCCAUGGUGGGUCACAGUGUUGACCUGAGCUACACGUACGACCACCUGGGAGAGGAGACUUCGGUGCUGAAGGAGCUGGCUGACGGCACACACCCCUUCUGCCAGGUGCUUUCAGCUGCUAAGCGCCCAGUGGUGGUGGUGGGCAGCAGUGCUCUGCAGCGAGAAGACGGAGCUGCCAUUUUGGGUGCCGUCUCCACCAUCGCUCAAAACGCAAGGACCAGCAGUGGGGUGGAGGAGGGGUGGAAAGUCCUCAACGUCCUGCACAGAGUGGCCAGUCAGGUGGCUGCGUUGGAUCUGGGCUACAAGGCCGGUGUGGACGCCAUCAGGAAGAAUCCACCCAAAGUCCUGUUCCUGCUGGGAGCUGAUGCCGGCUGCAUCACGAGAGCUGACCUGCCUAAAGACAGCCUCAUCAUCUAUCAGGGUCACCAUGGCGACGUAGGAGCAACAAUGGCAGACAUCAUCCUACCCGGCGCAGCGUACACAGAGAAAAAUGCCACUUAUGUGAACACUGAAGGCAGAAGCCAGCACACCCGGGUGGCCGUCACCGCCCCUGGAAUGGCCCGAGAGGACUGGAAGAUCAUCAGAGCUGUGUCUGAUCUGGCUGGAGUGGCGCUGCCCUACGACACCGUGGAUGAGGUCCGAGCCAGACUAGAGGAGGUUUCUCCUAAUCUGGUGCGGUACGACGACAUUCAGGAGGCAAACUACUUCAAACAAGCAAUCGAACUUGCCCAGGCAGUGAAUCAGGACCUCAUAGCAGCUCCUCUGGUGCCACCUCAGCUGACUGUGAAGGACUUCUACAUGACAGACUCCAUUAGCAGGGCUUCGCAGACGAUGGCCAAAUGUGUCAAAGCCGUCACAGAAGGAGCCGCUGCUGUCGACGAGCCAUCGAUUUGCUAAAUCACACCCGCAUACAAGCAAACGAUAAUAAACUCUCCAUCCAUCGUUGAAAUAACCAACCGACAGUUCUCUGGAAUAUCUCAGCGCUGCUCCUUAAUUUAAAGUUGUCCUCGAUGCUUGUUGUACACACGUGAAUUGUUUUCGCUCCCGACAACGAGCUUUGUUGAACAAAACUGAGAAACGUAUACAAUAUAAAUAAAAUCGUACUUAUGUCUUUACUCCA